GAGGCUCAGCCCUCCUCCGUGCCUACCGUCUCAGGGCUCCAGGACUGUAAGGGACCCCUGCAGUCCCCAGAGCUGAGGCCGGCAGGGGCAGAGACUAUGAGGCAAGCAGCCCAUCGACCCAGGCCUCCUUAGGACCAGUCCGGCUGCCCAGAAAGCGAGGGAGCAGCAGUGCAGAGGAGCAGGAGAUAAAGAACCACAGCGAACCAUUGGGGAUCAACCCAGAAGCUCCUGAGGACCCGAGCCAGGCUGAGGGGUCAAGAUGGAUGGCCAGAUUCACGGACACUGACAGACACACAACGGCAUCAACACACACAGCUGUACGACACUGACACACUCAGCUACAGCCAGUGACAGCAUCGCACACUGCCACAGCCCUGCAGUACAGACACCCACACACAAGAACAACUGGUAACUCUGAAACAGGCACAGACAGCGGCACACGGCACCACCCCCCUCACACGCGUAAGUGGGGGCUCCCAUCCUCCAAAUACACACAGCACAGCAUUGACCCGCACAGACAGACCUGGAGACACACACGCACACCCUCACCCAGGCACUGCUGUCAGUGGCCUCUGCACAGUGGCCUCCCCGCCCCCACAGGAACACCCUCGCUCCUCCACAUACACAUACCCGCGCACACGCACUGCCGCGAGCAAACAUAGCUCACAUACCCUGCUCCAGCUCCAGCAGCCCUGAAGCCUCUCGCAGCCUCCUUUGUGGGUUGGGAGGAGCUCAGUCAACCUUGGAUGGAGCCUCGGUGAAGCCAAGAGCUAUAGGGGAAAGGGUCUGCUCUGGCAUGACCCUGGCCAGCCCCCCUACUGGACUGGGGGAUGUCCCCUGGCCUGGGUUCUGGGACCCCUUGGCAGUACCAUGGAGCAACUGACAACCCUUCCACGGCCUGGGGACCCUGGAGCCAUGGAGCCAUGGACACUGCCUGCCUGGCAGAGCUGGACUCCAGGCCAGGGGGGUAACCCUGGAAGCUCAGCCCCCGGCAUUGCUGAUACUCCAGCAGCUCUGCAGGUUAGAGAACGGAGACCCAAGGAGGGUUCCGGGCCUGAGGAAGCCCAGAGCCCUGGGCCUGUGGGCAGCACUGACCCUGAAGGAACAGGACUGUCUGACCUGGGGCAGCAAGCAACGGGCUCUAGACCCAGCUGCCCGAGUCUGGAGGACGAGGAGGUAGAGCCUUUCCCUAAGGCAAAGCUGAACAUGGGCUUCGGGGAGAGGCCCAAUUUGGAGCUUCUGAGGGCCCUGGGGGAGCUGCAGCAGCGCUGUGCCAUCCUUAAGGAAGAAAACCAGAUGCUGAGAAAGAGCAGCUUCCCUGAGACAGAGGAGAAGGUGCGGAGGCUGAAGAGGAAGAACGCGGAGCUGGCUGUCAUUGCCAAGCGCCUAGAAGAGAGGGCCCGGAAGCUGCAGGAAACGAACCUGAGAGUGGUGAGUGCCCCAGUGGCCCGUCCCGGGGCCAGCUUGGAGCUGUGCCGGAAGGCCCUGGCCCGCCAGCGAGCUCGGGACCUGAGUGAGACAGCCAGCGCCCUGCUGGCCAAGGACAAGCAGAUUGCUGCCUUGCAGCGGGAGUGCAGAGAGCUACAGGCCAGGCUCACCCUGGUGGGCAAGGAGGGUCCCCAGUGGCUCCACGUGCGGGACUUCGACCGGCUGCUCCGCGAGUCCCAGAGGGAGGUGCUGCGGCUGCAGAGGCAAAUCGCCCUGCGCAACCAGCAGGAGCCACCCCUGCCAGCCCGGCCCCGGGACCCCACUGUCCCCUCCAGGGCCGGGGCGCCGGCCCCAGGGGCUCCAGGAGAGGCCACGCCCCAGGAAGAUGUGGACAACCCACCUGUGAUCCUAGGGGAGCCAGAGAAACAGCAGAGGGUGCAGCAGCUGGAGUCGGAGCUCAGCAAGAAGCGGAAGAAAUGUGAGAGCUUGGAGCAGGAAGCCCGGAAAAAGCAGAGGCGAUGUGAGGAGCUGGAACUGCAGCUGAGAGAAGCCCAGACUGAGAAUGCCCGGCUGGUGGAGGAGAAUUCUCGGCUCAGUGGGAGAGCCACGGAGAAGGAGCAGGUGGAGUGGGAGAAUGUGGAGCUGAGGGGCCAGCUCCUGGGAGUGACACAGGAGAGGGACACAGCCCUUCGCAAGAGCCAGGGCCUGCAGAGCAAACUGGAGAGCCUGGAGCAGGUGCUAAAGCACAUGCGGGAGGUGGCCCAGCGGCGGCAGCAGCUGGAGGUGGAGCAUGAGCAGGCUCGACUCAGCCUGCAGGAGAAGCAGGAGGAGGUCCAGAGGCUGCAGCAGGCCCAGGCAGAAGCCAAGAGGGAGCAUGAAGGAGCUGUGCAGCUGCUGGAGUCUACCUUGGAUUCCAUGCAGGCCCGUGUCCGAGAGCUCGAGGAGCAGUGUCGCAGCCAAACAGAGCGCUUCAGUCUCCUGGCGCAGGAACUCCAGGCCUUCCGCCUGCACCCUGGCCCUUUGGAUCUGCUCACUUCUGCCAUGGGCUGCAGUGCCCUCGGGGACCGCGCACCACCCCCUUGCUGCUGUUCCACCCCCCAGCCCUGCCGGGGGUCCGGCCCCAAAGACCUUGACCUCCCGCCGGGCUCUCCAGGACGCUGUACCCCAAAGUCUUCCGAGUCUGGCCCUGCGACACUUUCUGGAGUCCCUCGAAGGGCAGCCAAGAAAGCAGAAUCCCUCUCUAACUCCUCUCGCUCGGAGUCCAUCCACAACAGCCCCAAGUCGUGCCCUACACCUGAGGUGGACACAGCCAGUGAGGUGGAGGAGCUGGAGGCAGACAGUGUCACCCUGCUCCCUGCAGCAACGGAGGGCAGCCGGGGAGGAGCCAGGAUCCAGGUCUUCCUAGCACGCUAUAGCUACAACCCUUUUGAGGGCCCCAAUGAGAACCCAGAGGCAGAGCUUCCGCUGACAGCUGGCGAGUAUAUCUACAUCUAUGGUAACAUGGACGAGGAUGGCUUUUUUGAAGGGGAGCUCAUGGAUGGCCGAAGGGGCCUGGUUCCUUCCAAUUUUGUAGAGCGUGUGUCUGAUGACGAUCUCCUGACCUCCCUCCCUCCGGAGUUGGCCGAUCUGUCCCACAGCUCAGGUCCCGAACUCAGUUUCCUGAGCGGAGGUGGGGGUGGCAGCAGUAGCGGGGGCCAGAGCAGCGGGGGACGCAGCCAGCCUAAACCAGAGGAGGAGGAGGAUGCAGGGGAUGAACUCAGUCUGAGCCCCCCACCGGAGGGCCUGGGCGAGCCUCCUGCAGUGCCUUACCCCCGCCAUUUGGUGGUCCUCAAGCAGCUGGCCCAUAGCUUGGUGCUGGCGUGGGAACUGCCUCCCGAACGAGUGGAGCUCCGAGGCUUCCAUAUCUGCGUGAAUGGGGAGCUGCAACAGGCCUUGGGGCCUGGGGUGCCCCCCAAGGCAGUACUUGAGAACCUGGACCUGCGGGCCGGGCCCCUCCAUGUUUCUGUCCAGGCCCUGACCAGCAAGGGCAGCUCCGACCCUCUGCGCUGCUGCUUGGCCGUGGGCGCUCGGGCUGGCCUGGUACCCAGCCAGCUGCGAGUCCAUCGGUUGACAGCCACAUCUGCUGAGAUCACCUGGGUGCCCAGCAAUAGCAACUUGGCCCAUGCCAUCUACCUCAAUGGGGAAGAGUGCCCAGCUGCCCGCCCCAGCACCUACUGGGCCACCUUUUGCCACCUGCGGCCUGGCACACUCUAUCAGGCCCGGGUGGAGGCUCAGCUUCCGCCCCGAGGGUCCUGGGAGCCAGGCUGGGAGAAGCUGGAGCAGCGGGCCGCCACUCUACAGUUCACCACACUCCCAGCAGGCCCACCCGAUGCCCCCUUGGAUGUGCAGAUUGAGCCCGGGCCCUCCCCUGGGAUCUUGAUCAUCAGUUGGCUCCCUGUCACCAUUGAUGCUGCUGGCACCUCCAAUGGUGUCCGGGUCACAGGCUAUGCCAUCUAUGCUGAUGGGCAGAAGAUCAUGGAGGUGGCCUCACCCACAGCAGGCAGCGUGCUGGUGGAGUUGUCUCAGCUGCAACUGCUGCAGGUGUGCCAUGAGGUGACCGUGCGCACCAUGUCGCCCCAUGGCGAGUCGGCCGACUCCAUCCCGGCUCCCAUCACACCAGCGCUGGCUCCAGCCUGCCUGCCAGCCAGGAGCUCCUGCCCCUCACCACGACCAAGCCCAGAGGCCAGACCACUCAUUGCCCCAGCCUCCCCAAGGCCUGGAGACCCCAGCUCUCCCCUCCGGCGCCCGGGCCCCUGUGGAAUUCAAGAGCCUCCGGGGGGCCCUCCAUCAAGCCCUCCCAGAGAGAUGCCAAAAGGAACCGAAGGGGAACUUCCAGUGCCUGGCUGCCAGGAGGAGGCAGCUGGGACAGCUGUGCUGGGUGCUCCAGAGGAGAGGAGGGCUGGCUCGCCAGCCCAGGGCGAGAGUGGCCCUGGCCCCAUAGUUCCCUCGCUGGCCAGACAGGAGGCCGAGUGGACUGAGGGAGAGGCCCACCUUGCACCCCACUCCACCCAGGGAGUGCCAGCUCAAAGGGCACCGAAUACUGAGGCCUGCCUCAGAGGAGAUACAGGGUCCGGGUUGAGACCCCAGGCUGAGAGGGAGGACACAGCAGAACUCGGGGUUCGUCCUGCGAACUCCCUUGUGGACCAUGGUCGCAAUUCAGACCUGUCAGACAUCCAGGAGGAGGAAGAAGAGGAGGAGGAAGAGGAGCUGGGUGUCAGGACUUGUUCCUUCCAGAAGCAGGUUGCUGGCAACAGCAUCAGGGAAAAUGGGGCCAAGUCCCAGCCUGACCCCUCCUGUGAGACUGACAGUGACGAGGAGAUCUUGGAGCAGAUCCUGGAGCUGCCUCUCCAGCAGUUCUGCAGCAAGAAGCUCUUUAGCAUCCCUGAGGAGGAGGAAGAGGAGGAUGAGGAAGAGGAGAAGCCAAGGGCAGGCUGUUCUUCCCAAGACCUUGGGCCCCUUGAACCUGCAUUGCUGGGACUGGACUGUGACGGUGGCCAUCCCCGAGGACCUGGCCUGUUUCCCUUGUCUCCUGAGCCCUCCAGGGCUGGGGACCGCCUGGAAGACAUGCCUGGACUAGCUGGAGGAAGCAGCCGGAGAAGAGGAGGAGGCUCCCCUGAGAAGCCCCCGAACCGCAGGAGGCCUCCAGAUUCCCGUGAACACUGCAGCCGACUCCUCAGCAACGGCGGGCCCCAGGCCUCCGGGCGACCAGGCCCCGCACGGGAGAGGGGCAGCCUCCCUGUAGUUGAGAGCACCAAGGCUGGAUUAGAGGCUGGUGGAGGAGGGCGGCCGGGUCCUGCCCGAAGGUGCCCUCGGGGCCGGGCUCCUGAAUCAGGCCUGACCAGUUGUCUCUCCCCCAAGUGCUUGGAAAUCAGCAUUGAAUAUGAUUCUGAGGAUGAACAGGAGGCAGGCAGUGGGAGCAUCACCAUAACCAGCUCCUGCUACCCCGGAGAUGGGGAGGCCUGGGGUACAGCACCCAUAGGGAGGCCCAGAGGGCCUCUGAAGGUCAAUUCAGGUCACAAUCCCUACCCACGCCUCCCGGCCUGGGAGAAAGGGGAGCCAGAGCGGAGAGGCCGCAGUGCGUCUGGCAGAGCCAAGGAGCCAUCCUCCCGGGCAACAGAGACUGGGGAGACCAGAGGGCAGGACAGCUCUGGGCGGAGGGCAUCUCAGAAGAGAGGAGCCCGAGCUCCCAGGCUGGGUGCUGCUGAGCUUGCCCAUCCACAGAGCCCCCCAGAAGUGCUGGCUUACCAAGACCUACCUGUCAGGGUCUUUGUGGCUCUGUUUGACUACGACCCUGUGUCGAUGUCGCCCAACCCAGAUGCUGGAGAAGAGGAGCUCCCUUUCAGGGAGGGUCAGAUCCUGAAGGUGUUUGGGGACAAGGAUGCUGAUGGCUUCUACCGGGGUGAAGGUGGGGGCCGGACAGGCUAUAUCCCCUGCAACAUGGUGGCCGAGGUGGCUGUGGACAGUCCUGCAGGGAGGCAGCAGCUGCUCCAGCAGGGUUAUUUGCCUCCAGAUGUUCUUGUUGAAGGCUCAGGGAAUGGGCUCUUUGUAUACUCUACAGCCCGCACAUCUGGGCCUCCUCCCAAGCCCCGCCGCUCCAAGAAAGCUGAGUCCGAAGGCCCUGUCCAGCCCUGUCCAGGCCCCCCGAAGCCAAUCCCCUCUGCUGGCUUGAAAGCCCCUCACUCCAUGGUGGCUGCCUUUGACUACAAUCCCCGAGAGAACUCCCCCAAUAUGGAUGUGGAGGCCGAGCUGCCCUUCCGGGCUGGGGAUGUCAUCACUGUCUUCGGGGGCAUGGAUGAUGACGGUUUCUACUAUGGGGAGCUGAAUGGACAAAGGGGCCUGGUUCCAUCCAACUUCCUGGAGGGCCCUGGGCCUGAGGCAGGAGGCCCAGACAGAGAACCCGGGACACUCCAGGCUGAGAGUCAGAGAACGAGGAGGAGGAGAGUCCAGUGCUAGAUGGAGAUAGAUAUAUGUAGAGAGACAACAUGACUGGAUCAGCACAACACAAAGGCUUCUGGAGCCCCCAGGUUGGCCCUGUACUCCCGGGCCUGGCAGCGCCCCUGGGAUUGAACUGGGGGAGCCACAAGGCACACGCGAGAAGAUGUGGAGUCUCUUCUUCAAGG